AUGUUCAAGACACCGCAUUACAACUGGUACGGGCGAGGUUUCAAGCUUAGGGUCGCCAUCACAGUCGUAUGUCAGCUCGCUUUCGUGCUCUUCGGGUAUGACCAGGGUGUAUUCUCGGGGAUUGUCGGAAAUAAAGACUUCCUUGACACAUUCGAUCACCCAUCGCCCGGUCUCGAGGGCAUCAUUGUCUCCAUCUAUAACCUGGGAUGCUUUACAGGAUGUAUUCUCAGCUUCAUCUUCUGCGAGAAGACGGGACGGCGACUUGCCAUGUGGAUAGCUAUGGUGUGGAUCAUUGUUGGUGGCGCUCUCCAAGCUAGUGCAUACUCCGUGCCACACAUGAUGAUCGCGCGCUUCCUCACAGGUAUCGGCACGGGCAUCGAAACCUCCACCGUCCCCAUGUACCAGAGCGAGCUGUGUGAAGCAAGCAAGCGCGGCCGCCUCGUAGCUUCGGAGCCCCUCUUCGUCGGCUUUGGAAUAGAAGUUGCGUACUGGUUCGAUUAUGGCAUGAGCUUCUCCUCUGGAUCUAUUGCCUGGCGCCUACCUAUUGCGUGCCAAGUGAUCUUCGCCAUCCUGGUCAUUAUCAUGGUCUUUGGACUCCCCGAGUCACCUCGCUAUCUCUACGCGCAUGGCCGCCACGAGGAAGCGUUACAGAUUCUCUGCGAUGUAUACGACGGCACGCCGGACGACCCCAAGAUCGCAAAGGAGAACCAGGAAGUGCUCGAAGCGUUGAAAAUUGAGCAAGAGCAUGGAGAGUACAAGUGGAGUCAGCUACUCAAAAAGGACAAGGUGCAGACGGGACGGCGCGUGCUGCUAGCGUACGGUGCGCAGUUCAUGAAUCAGAUGGGCGGAAUUAACCUCGUAGUGUACUACAUCACAUCGGUGCUGCAGAUAAACGUUGGCCUGACGAGGAAUCUGUCGCUACUGUUAGGAGGAGUGAUCAACCUCAUGUUUUUCCUCGGUUCACUCCUUCCAACCUUCACGCUUGACCGGACGGGCCGUCGCAAACCCAUGAUGUGGGGCUCCUUCGGAUGCGGCAUGUCCAUGAUGCUCAUCGCCAUUCUCCUGAGCUUCCAGCCGCGGGGCGGUCCGAUUGCGAAGGCUACUGCGUCUGGCAGUGUUGCUUUCUUCUUCACGUACAUGCUGUCCUUCGGCAUGACAAUGAACUGCAUACCAUGGGUCUAUGUUCCAGAAAUCCUCCCACUACAUGUUCGUGCAAAAGGCACAGCUGUUGGAAUCUCAGCAAAUUGGAUCUGGAACUUUUUCGUCGUGAUGAUUACGCCGACACUGCUGAACUCGCUCAAAUGGAAAGGCUAUCUGAUCUUCAUGGUUCUCAAUUUUUCCUUCAUUCCGCUAGUGUACUUCUGCUACCCCGAAACUGCCAACCUUACUCUCGAAGAGGUUGAUUGGCUCUUCUACGAAGGCAACGUCGUGAGCCGCAGUCGCCGCGUCGCUAAGAAAGGCUGGGAACAGGCGGAAGGAGCGCAUCCAGCUGGGGUUCUAGAGACGGGUAGUAUGUCGAGCGGGAAGAAAGCAGUGGCUGCCGUGGAAAAAAAGGAGGAGCAUAAUGGGCUAUGA